AUGAUAACAAUCUUCAUACUUAUGUAUGUAUUUAGAGUUUUAACAGAAGAGGAUAUUCCUGUUAUAAAUACAAGAAUAUUUAAUGGACAAGAAGCGGACAGCAAAUCAUUUAGUCAUCAAGCUACAAUUUUUAAGAAUGGUAAAUUCAUAUGUGGAGGAUCUAUUAUAACAGCAAACCAUAUAUUAACAGCGGCCCAUUGUUUCCAGAAAUAUGACGAUAAAAAUGAUUAUCAAAUAGGUAUAAAUGGUACCAUUAUACACUUUUUACAGAAAUAUAAAAUUGCGUAUAUUUUUGUGCAUGAAGAUUACGAUGAAAGGCAAAAUUACGACGAUAUUGCAGUUCUAAAGCUUAUGGAGAAUUUAACUUUUGACGAAAAAGUUAACUUAAUAAGUUUGUCUGAUCUUUCAUACGUACCUUCACAGACCGAGUGCGUAGUUUCAGGGUUUGGUGCUUCAGAAAAAGCCUUGCAACCAAAUAUUUUGACUUAUGUUUAUGUCUUAGUAGUUCGCGAAGCAAUAUGCCGACGUUCAUUCCGUUACAUUUUAUCCCAUGGUAUGAUUUGUGCGGAGGGCAAACAACCCGGCCAAGGUGUAUGCAUUGGUGAUUCAGGUGGCGGAUUACUCUGUAACAAUAAACUAACUGGAAUUGUUUCAUUCACAUUAAAUACAUAUCCACGUUGUACUGAAACUCCAGGGGUAUAUACGAAUGUUUUCUACUAUAAGGACUGGAUUAAAACGCAGUUAUUAAGACAAUCUUCCCGCAUAAUCACACCAAAGAAACCCAACGACAGGUCCUUUUACACCUACACCAACAAGUACAUCAACAUAUACAACACCUCCAACGAAUCCAACAAACCAAACAAAUCCAACAAAGUCAACAUAUCCAACAAGGUCAACAUAUCCAACAAGGUCAACAUAUCCAACAAGGUCAACAUAUCCAACACAACCAACAUCUCCUACACAUUCAACCCGAUCGACAAGUACUACACGUUCUCUUCCUACUCAAUCAACACCACCUACAUCAUCCCAAAAACCAAUCCCAACAUUAACUCCUUGUGGUACCCUCAUACCCAUUUUCUAUCAAAUACCAAUUUAUUAUCCCCGUCCACCAGAAAACUGCUGUUACGUCAUUAA